AUGGCUCUGGGGCUGAACAGCGUUAUCCAUGACAUGCUCAAUCGAAUAUCUCCCCGGCGCGGAAGCAGGCCUGCAUUUCUCGAAUUCCGCUCGUCCAAGGUCUUUAUUGUUUUCGCUGUGUGCUGGUCUGUCUUCACUGAUGUCUUCCUCUACGGGGUCGUUGUUCCCGUUAUUCCCUUUGCGCUGCAAACACGAGUGCACGUGGCCCAUGCCGACACGCAGCAUUGGGUUUCCGUAUUGCUCUCCGUAUAUGCAGCUGCGUUGCUAUUCUUCGCCCCUAUCUUUGGCUGGCUCGCCGACCAGACAAGCUCUCGCCGGGGGCCAUUUCUUGCCGGGCUCGUCCUCCUUACCGGAUCAACUUUGAUGCUUUGCCUGGGCAAAACCAUCCCCGUGCUGGUGGUGGGCAGGCUGUUGCAAGGGGUGUCGGCUGCUGUGGUAUGGGUGGUCGCCUUGGCCCUCAUGGCAGAUACGGUGAGUGAGCAGGAGUCAGGCCAGGCCAUUGGCUAUGUCAGCCUUGCGACCUCGUUGGGGGUCUUGGUGUCGCCGCUGAUUGGUGGCGUGGUAUACGAGCGGUCGGGAUACUACGCUGUGUUCGGGGUCACCUUUGCUGUGAUCGGAUUCGACAUCCUCCUGCGGCUGGCCUUGAUCGAGAAGAAAAUAGCUGCCAGGUGGCAUGAGCCAGACACUGCUACCCAUCAGCCCACGUCAACUCCUCCUGCUCAGCAGGACAUAGAACUCCAUGAUCGGAAUGCAUCGACCGCUAUGGCCGAGAAAAGUGCGAAUACGGCGGUCGCCGAGCCUGCGACCGCACGCCCUGCACGAAAACUACCAUCCAUGUUGAUCCUGCUCAAGUCGCGACGUAUUCUGGUGGCCUUUUGGGGGAAUCUCGUGGGGGCGAUGACCUUUACUGCCAUCGAUACGACUCUUCCCUUGUAUGUAAACCAGAUUUUCGGCUGGAAUUCUUUGGGGGCCGGGUUGGCAUUCCUGGCAUUGAUUGUGCCGGGGUUUGCAGGUCCGUGGAUAGGGCAUCUGACAGACAAGUACGGCCCGCGCUGGAUUGCAGCGUCGGGGUUGGUGCUGUCAGUGCCUUUUUGGGUGCUGCUCCGGCUGGUUGACCAUGACACAGUCGGCCAAGCAGUGUUACUGUGCGCACUGCUGGUGCUCUUGGGAGCCGCUACCGCGCUUCUCUUGACCUCCUUGAUGGCAGAAUUCAGUAAAGUGUGUGAUGCAAAGGUGCGGCAGGAGCCUGAUGUCUUUGCUGGGAAGUCUGCUUAUGCCCAGAGUUACGGGAUCUUCAAUGUGUCAUGGGCUGGAGGGAGUCUGCUGGGCCCAUUGGUAUCUGCGGCGGUCAAAAGUGCUGCAGGCUGGAAGACCAUGACGUGGACUAUGGCACUCUGGUGCGCUGUAGGGAUUCUGCCCACGAUUCUGUACUCGGGAGGGAUGAUCUCAAGGGGGAAACGACGUGGGAACAGGGGCGAAGUGGUUGCUGGAGGUGAAAGUGCCUAG